AGAGGCCGGAGGGAAGGCAGGGAGGGAGGGCCCCGGCCGCCCUGCCCUCCGCCCUCCGCCGCCGCGCCCGCCCGCGCCCCCCUCCCCGCGCCGCCCGGCAUGGACGGCGGCGGGGGCGGCCCCGAGGGCACCGGCCUGGAUAAAAUGCUCGAGGGCUCCGCUCGCUGCCGAAGAUCCCUCCCCGCCCUGCCCCUGCCGUGAUCCCGACCCCCGCCGCAGCCCAGCCAGGACCCCCCGCGCCCGCCGGGCUCCGAUGGAAGAGGCGCCGGGCCGGAGCAGCCCCCCCGGGACGGAGGGCGCCCCAUGAGCCCCCCCAGAUGAGCCACGCAGCCAAGGGGGAGCCCCCCGGGGCCGGCAUGGCACAGGAGGGGCCGCCCGCCUUCUACCCCAGCCAGGAGCUGGACCUGUCCACCAAGGUGUACAAGAGGGAGUCAGGGAGCCCCUUCUCGGUGCUGGUGGACAGCAAAGUGAGCAAGGGCCACCUCCACGAGAGGGAGGAGCAGCCGUUUUUCAGGGAGAGCAGAGCGGUAGGAGAGGUCCGGGCUGUGAAAGAAGACAGGGAAAACUCUGACGACUCUGAGGAGGAGGAAGAGGAGGAAGAUGAAGUGACUUACAAAAGGGAGCAGAUUAUAGUGGAGGUAAACCUUAACAACCAAACCUUAAAUGUGUCCAAAGGGGAGAAGGGUGUCCCCUCCCAGUCCAAAGAGACUGCUGUCCUUAAGAGCAGCAGUGAGGAAGAGGAGGGUGACAGUGGGGAAGAGGCCACGGAAGACAGUAAUGAUUAUGAGGAGAAUGAGAGGCAGAAGAAAAAGGAGAAAAGAGUGGAGAAGGUUAGUGUUGGCCAGAGGAGAAGCAGGAGAGCCGCCUCCGCCGCGGCCGCCGCCGCCUCGCCGGCGCCCCGGGCCACGCGCGGCCGCAGGAAGAGCUCGGAGCCCCCCAAGCGUAAGAAGAAAGCUGCAAAGGAGCCCAAGGCACCUGUGCAGAAAUCCAAGUGCGAGGAGAAGGAGACUCUGACCUGUGAGAAGUGCCCCAGGGUGUUUAACACACGCUGGUACCUGGAGAAGCACAUGAACGUCACCCACAGGCGGAUGCAGAUCUGCGACAAAUGUGGGAAGAAAUUUGUGCUAGAGAGUGAGCUGUCCCUCCACCAGCAAACUGACUGUGAAAAAAACAUCCAGUGCGUGUCCUGCAACAAAUCCUUCAAGAAGCUCUGGUCCCUCCACGAGCACAUCAAGAUCGUGCACGGCUACGCCGAGAAGAAAUUCUCGUGCGAGAUCUGCGAGAAGAAAUUCUACACCAUGGCCCACGUGCGCAAACACAUGGUUGCCCACACCAAGGACAUGCCCUUCACCUGCGAGACCUGCGGCAAGUCCUUCAAGCGCAGCAUGUCCCUCAAGGUGCACUCCCUGCAGCACUCGGGGGAAAAGCCCUUCCGCUGCGAGAACUGCGACGAGAGGUUCCAGUACAAGUACCAGCUGCGCUCCCACAUGAGCAUCCACAUCGGGCACAAGCAGUUCAUGUGCCAGUGGUGUGGCAAGGACUUCAACAUGAAGCAGUACUUCGACGAGCACAUGAAAACCCACACUGGAGAGAAGCCCUUCAUCUGCGAGAUCUGCGGCAAGAGCUUCACCAGCCGGCCCAACAUGAAGCGGCACCGGCGCACGCACACGGGCGAGAAGCCGUACCCGUGCGACGUCUGCGGGCAGCGCUUCCGCUUCUCCAACAUGCUCAAGGCGCACAAGGAGAAAUGUUUCCGUGUCACCAGCCCUGGCACCAGCCCCGGCCCCGGCCCCGCCGGCCCCGCUCUGCUGCCCGGGCCCUGCCCGGCCCCUCCGGCCGCGGGCGCCGCCGCGCUGGGGCUGGGCCCGGCCGCGCCGCCGCGCCCCGUCCCGCACCCCUACGGCGCCCUGGCCCUGCCGCCCCACGGGCACCACCCCCACGGGCACCACCCCCAGCACCUGCCCGUGCCCCCCGUGCCGCACCUGCCGCCGCCCCCCGCCCUGUUCAAGAGCGAGCCCCUGAACCACCGCGGGCACGGGCACGGGCACGGCGGCGAUGGCUUCCUGCGGCACCUGGAGAAGGGCAGCCCGGCACAGCCGCACUGACACCGGCUGGCACCUGGCACCUGGCAUCCAGGUUUGGGAGCUGGGACACGGGGAGGGAGCUGGGGUGGGAGCUGGGAUGGGAUUGAGGUGCUGUGAGUGAGCACGGGCACGGCUUCCUGCGGCAUCUGGGUGAGGGCAGCCUGGCACGGCUGACACUGGCUGGCAUCCAGGUGUGGGAGCUGGCAUCCAGGUGUGGGAGCUGGCAUCCAGGUGUGUGUGGGAUCCAGGAUGGGUUUGGACCACCAUGGCAAUGGUCAUGACUUCCUAUGGCACCUGGACACGGGCAGCCUGGCACAGCCACACUGACACCGGCUGGCAUCCAGGUGUGGGAGCUGGCAUCCAGGUGUGGGGUCUGGGAUGGGAUUGGAGCACCAUGGCCAUAGGCAUGGCUUUCUAUGGCACCUGGACAUGGGCAGCCUGGCACAGCCACACUGACACCGGCUGGCAUCCAGGUGUGGGAGCUGGCAUCCAGGUGUGGGAUCUGUGAUGGGAUUGGACCACCAUGGCCAUGGGCACGGCUUCCUAUGGCACCUGGACACGGGCAGCCUGGCACAGCCACACUGACACCGGCUGGCAUCCAGGUGUGGGAGCUGGCAUGGGACUGGACUGCCAUGGCCACGGGCACGGCUUCCUGCAGCACUGGGCAGGGCCAGCCUGGCACAGCCCCACUGGGAUCAGGGCCUGGCACGGGAUCGGGCUCUGGGAUCCCAUCUGGGGUCCAGGUUUGGGAUCUGGGAUGGCAUCGAGACCCUGAGGCACCUGGGUGAGCCCACCUGGCACAGCCACACUGGCACCAGCUGGGAUCGGGGACCCGGGAUCCAGGUUUGGGAUCUGGGAUCCAGGUUUGGGAUCUGGGAUCUGCUCUCCUGCUGCCCCACUUUGUGCUUGGGGUCAGGGUUUGGGAUCUGGGACGGGAUGGAGCCCCAGAGCCACCACGGGCAUGGGCACACCUGGACAUGGCCACGGGCUGGGGUCCAGGAUGGGAUCUGGAUCUGGGAUCCAGGAUGGGAUCUGGGAUCCAGGAUGGAUCUGGGAUCUGCCCUCCUGCCACCUCACACAGCGCUUGGGAUCUGGGUCUGGGAUCCAGGAUCCAGCUCUGGGAUCCAAUCUGGGUCUGGGAUCAAGGAUCCAGCUUUGGGAUCCAAUCUGGGUCUGGGAUCUGGGAUCCAAUCUGGGUCUGGGAUCCAGGAUCCGGCUCUGGGAUCUGGGAUCCAAUCUGGGUCUGGGAUCCAGGAUCCAGCUGUGGGACCCAAUCUGGGUCUGGGAUCCAGGAUCCAGCUCUGGAAUCCAGUCUGGCUCUGGGAUCCAGGAUCCAGCUGUGGGAUCCAUCCUGGCUCUGGGAUUUCUGGGAUCCAUCCUGGCUCUGGGAUUUCCGGGAUCCAUCCUGGCUCUGGGAUUUCCGGGAUCCAUCCUGGCUCUGGGAUCUCCGGGAUCCCUCCUGGCUCUGGGAUUUCCGGGAUCCCUCCUGGCUCUGGGAUUUCUGGGAUCCCUCCUGGCUCUGGGAUCUGCCCUCCCACCAUGCCCCAGGGCCGAGCUCUCCCCCCCCCCACCCCCCCCUCCCCAGGUCCCCUCUCGAGGACCCCCCAGGACUGAAAUCCCCCAAAUUUUUGCGUUUUCCCGGUGACUUUUCUACAGCCCGGCCCCCGAGCCCGGCGGGAUUUUCUAAUUUCAUAUCAGCUGACGAGGUUUGCUUGGCUUUUAUAUCCCGGCCCUCUCCUCAAAGAGGAGCUCUUUGUACUAAUGGGAAAGGCUGUGAGUUAAUUAAUACAGAGCAUUAAUGAUCA